AUGGCAGACGCGUCCUCCGGCAUUACCUGGGAUGAUAUCAUGAAGGAGGCUGUAGAUCUUGAACAUAUGCCAAUGGAUGAGCUCUUUCAACAAUUGAAAUGUACAAAGGAGGGAUUGACAAGUGAAGAAGGCAAGAGAAGGCUUGAGAUUUUUGGUCCAAACAAGUUGGAAGAAAAAAAGGAAAGCAAAAUCCUCAAGUUCCUGGGGUUUAUGUGGAAUCCUCUCUCAUGGGUCAUGGAGGCUGCUGCUAUUAUGGCUAUUGUCUUGGCCAAUGGAGGGGGGAAGCCACCAGAUUGGCAAGAUUUUGUGGGAAUCACAACUUUGUUAAUAAUUAACUCCACCAUAAGUUUCAUAGAGGAAAACAAUGCAGGAAAUGCAGCAGCAGCAUUAAUGGCAGGUCUUGCUCCUAAAACAAAAGUGUUAAGGGAUGGGAAAUGGUCUGAAGAGGAUGCUUCACUGCUUGUACUUGGAGAUAUUAUUAGCAUCAAAUUGGGAGAUAUUGUCCCAGCCGAUGCACGUCUCUUAGAAGGAGACCCUCUCAAAAUCGACCAGGCUGCAUUGACCGGCGAGUCAUUACCAGUAACCAAGAAACCUGGCGAUAGUGUGUUUUCAGGUUCGACUUGCAAACAGGGUGAGAUUGAAGCCGUUGUCAUUGCAACUGGGGUACACACCUUUUUUGGCAAGGCCGCUCACCUAGUCGAUAGCACAAAUCAAGUCGGCCACUUCCAAAAGGUGUUAACGGCCAUUGGAAACUUUUGUAUAUGCUCCAUUGCCGUUGGGCUGGUGAUAGAAAUAGUGGUGAUGUACCCGAUUCAGAAACGAUCCUACAGGGACGGAAUUGACAAUUUGUUGGUUCUACUCAUAGGAGGAAUCCCAAUUGCAAUGCCAACCGUGUUAUCGGUCACCAUGGCUAUUGGGUCCCAUAAGUUAUCACAGCAAGGAGCCAUCACCAAGAGGAUGACAGCCAUUGAAGAAAUGGCUGGGAUGGAUGUCCUAUGUAGUGACAAGACUGGCACCCUCACCCUUAACAAGCUCACAGUUGAUAAAACUCUUAUUGAGGUCUUUGCAAAGGACAUGGACAAGGAAACAGUGAUCCUAUUGGGAGCAAGGGCUUCAAGAGUUGAGAAUCAGGAUGCAAUUGAUGCUUGCAUUGUAGGGAUGCUUGCUGAUCCCAAGGAGGCAAGGGCAGGGAUCACCGAGGUACAUUUUCUGCCCUUCAAUCCUGUGGACAAACGAACAGCAAUAACAUAUAUAGAUCAAAACGGAAAUUGGCACCGAGUGAGUAAAGGUGCACCUGAGCAGAUUGUGGAGCUCUGCAACCUAAAGGAUGAUGAGAGUAAAAGGGUUUUCAACAUCAUUGAUAAGUUUGCGGAACGUGGCCUUCGUUCCCUUGCUGUUUGUCAACAGGCGAUACCCGAAAAAACCAAGGAGAGUCCUGGAGGGCCUUGGGUGUUUGUUGGUCUCCUGCCUUUGUUCGACCCUCCAAGGCAUGAUAGUGCAGAAACAAUUCGACGAGCCCUCCACCUUGGUGUUAACGUUAAGAUGAUCACGGGUGACCAGCUAGCCAUUGGCAAAGAGACUGGUCGGAGGCUUGGAAUGGGAACAAACAUGUACCCUUCUUCCUCCCUCCUUGGCCAAAACAAAGAUGCAGCUAUUGCCAAUAUCCCUAUUGAGGAGCUAAUUGAGAAGGCUGAUGGCUUUGCUGGUGUCUUUCCGGAGCACAAGUAUGAGAUUGUGAGGAAGCUACAGGAGAGAAAACAUAUUUGCGGGAUGACAGGAGAUGGUGUUAAUGAUGCACCCGCACUAAAGAGGGCCGACAUUGGUAUCGCGGUUGCUGAUGCAACCGAUGCAGCUCGGAGUGCGUCUGACAUAGUCUUGACUGAGCCAGGAUUAAGUGUCAUAGUCAGUGCAGUCCUAACUAGCAGAGCCAUAUUUCAGAGGAUGAAGAACUACACCAUCUAUGCUGUCUCCAUCACCAUUCGUGUUGUGCUUGGUUUCAUGCUAAUUGCUCUUAUCUGGCAGUUUGAUUUCUCGCCUUUUAUGAUCCUGAUCAUUGCCAUCCUCAAUGAUGGAACCAUCAUGACCAUAUCAAAGGACAAGGUGAAGCCUUCCCCUAUGCCAGACUCAUGGAAGUUGAAGGAAAUCUUUCUCACCGGGAUUGUUUUUGGCACUUACCUAGCUGUCAUGACUGUAAUAUUCUUCUGGGCAGCUCAAGAAUCUGACUUCUUCACUGACAAAUUUGGUGUACAUUCGAUCAGAAACAAGGACUUCGAGCUUACAGCAGCUCUUUACCUCCAAGUUAGCAUCGUCAGUCAGGCACUUAUAUUUGUCACUAGGUCAAGGGGUUGGUCGUACGUUGAACGUCCUGGUCUUCUGCUCGUGACAGCCUUUUUGAUAGCACAGCUGAUUGCUACACUGAUCGCUGUAUAUGCAAACUGGAAAUUUGCGAGAAUCAAAGGAAUAGGUUGGGGAUGGGCUGGUGUGAUUUGGAUCUAUAGUAUAAUCUUCUACAUCCCUCUAGAUUUGUUCAAAUUCUGCAUCCGGUAUUCAUUGUCUGGCAAGGCCUGGGACAAUCUGCUCCAAAAUAAGACCGCUUUCACCACCAAAAAGGACUAUGGACGGGGAGAAAGGAGAGCCCAAUGGGCCAUGGCCCAACGGACUUUGCAUGGUCUCCAGCCGCCAGAGCAAGCAGAAAUUUUUAAUGACAAAAAUAGCUACAGGGAGUUGUCCGAGCUUGCUGAACAGGCCAAGAAGCGGGCUGAAGUGGCUAGACUGAGGGAGCUUCAUACAUUAAAGGGGCAUGUUGAAUCAGUAGUGAAGCUCAAGGGUCUUGACAUUGACACCAUUCAACAACACUAUACAGUUUAA